AAAAAAAAAAUCAUAAUAUCAAUCAAAUGUCAUUCUCCACCUCAUCAAUCAGUAAUUCUACAUUAUCUUCAUAAACUUCAUUUUAAUACAUAUAAACCUUCAGCGAUGAAGAAUUAGAAUUAGAAGCAGAAAAAGAAAUAUUCGCUUAAAUGUUCGAAGCUCAUUAUAACACUACGAGCAUGAUCAUCUAGACAGUUUAAGAGUCUGUUGUAUUCAAGAAAACCAAAAAACUUAGAAUCCUAAAACGAAAACUUCGCAAGCUAAUGAGAGAGCAAUAAAGAAGAUAAAAAGGAGCGGGAAGUUAAGGUUAGGAAGGGUCCUUUAGUGGGACAACACAAUUAAACUAAUUUAAAUAUUAUCCUUAUUAUGAAGGUUAAUAUUAAGAAGAUGAGGAGAAUAAGCAUGAGGAUAUUGAAAAUUCAGUUUGGCAGCCUAUACCAGAACCUAUUAUCAAUACAGAUUUUAGUAUUAUGUCAAUGUCCUCAACAUAACAUUCAUCAUCCAUAACUAAUUUGAACAAUGUAAUCAAUGUAGAGAUUUAAAAGAAUACAAAUAUCAAUUAAAACAAUAACACAAAUUAAAUUAAUAAUGCCAGUAAUCAAAGUGAGGGAGUUGUGAAGUAAGCUAUCAAAUAAUAUGAUCCAAACGAAGAAUAUUAGAGGUUGUAGCAUUAGUAGUAGUGAAUUAGACCCUUCAAACUGGUAGCUGCAGUUAUGAGGGGUUGAAAAAGCCGUGCGUGCACUUAAAAGUAGUGACAAAGCUUUCAUCAACACCUAUAAAUUAUUAAUUUUUCAAAUUAUUUUUUU